UCUCAGAGAUCAUGAUCUGCCAAUUUCCACUCUUCUGGAAUGUCGUUCAGUUUGUAAAAAAUUGAAGGAAAUCAAAGAUGGUCCGAGUUUUGGAACAAAAUCUGGAAUCAUUCUGUUAUUGUGUUUAAUCAACAUCGUGAAAAUAAGGCCCACUUCUGCUGUAGAGAUCGAUGGAUCACAAGGAAUCUUCCACACCUCCUUGUGCCAAAGGAGCUGGUCGCUGCUGAUGGAGACUGUGUUUCGGUGAACGACUCUCAAGAGCAUAUGUCAUGUAUAACCCAGUUCAGGACAAAAUUCUGUUUUUAGACGUACCUCUUCAAAUCAAUGAAGAACAUACAGUCAUUGAUGGUAAGCUGAAGUUUAAGGUGGUGGGUUUAGUCGUGGACCAAUAUACGAAAAACUUCAAGCUGGUUUUGGGAGGAGUUCAAGUCGGAACAGAAAGACGUAGAACUCUGAUUUACGACUCGACGACCGGAUGAAGGUUCUCUUUAUAUUUGAUCUGGAAGAGGGAACGUGGAACGCCUUGGUUGAGGAAUCCCUGGAGGCCACGCCACUUGACCUUCAAAUUGCUGCGUAUGAACAACAUGUGUGCCUACUUCCCAGUAAUUGGUCUCCUCUGGAAGGGGAGUUUCAAACGUAGGAGCGAUGUCGCCAACUUCGUCCGGAAUCCCAUGGUCCAGAGAACGGAUGGUGCUUUGAUCAAGAGAGUUAGGAAUCUAUAUGAUCGAGCUUUGAUCAGGAGACAGAGAUUUCCAUGGAACAUGGACAAAGCAAUGGAUGAAGCUGUUAUCAGGAGGUUUAUAAAUCAAUGGGUUCUAGAUUAUCCCGCAGUGUUCAACUUCUAUGCCACAGGACGCAGGGAUGCAUUUUUCGUGUUCGAUGAAGGAGGCAUAGAACUUAAGGUGGUGAAAUAUUGGGCUGAAUUAGACUCGAUCUUUUUUCUACCCCAGCCUCCUUUUUACUCACGCAAUCGGGUUCAAUAUCUUGUAUACGCUUCGAGCCUCGACGACCCUUGGUGUGCAAUAAUUCUACGUCCCAGAGGAAGUGCAGGGCAGGGGUGGAUAACACAGCAAGAGUAUGUAGCACGGCAGCAGAGAUGGGAGGAGGAGGAGACGCGGGAAGCUCUUAGCCAAGCCCUUAGAGACGCUGUUAGGCAAGCUCUACGGCAAUCUGAUGACGUGGCAAUGGAAUUUCUAUGAGAAGGAGGUUUCUUCGGACCUUCAGCACAGAUCCGCUUAAGGAAAAACGGGUCUUCUAAGUUAGAAGACCCGUUCGAAUUUCUAACACUAAAUUCUGUGCAGGGAUGAUAAUAGGGUAAAUCCGUGGAUUCAAAUCACUCUUCCGAUAGGCGGAAAAUUGUCCUUUUCUUGGCAAAUAACCUUACGAUUAAUUCUCUAUCUAACGUUUCAAGGUAAAGAUAUAUCUAGAUUGUUUUUAACGUGAUUACACAAUCCAGUGCACUGUAGG